CUCGUUCUGUCAUCUGCUAGUGGCAUGGGGGUGGAGAGCAGGACCAUGGUGAUGCACAGCGUUGGGCUGGCUAUCGGGGAGUGGCCUCCCCCAGUCCCUGCUUCCAGCCACCAAGCGUCCUAGUGGAAAUGCCUGGCCCCUGGGAGGGGAGCAUAUGCACCCCAGCUGCUGGGGGGAGGGGAUGGCGAAUGCAUUGGGGGCAAGCCCCUGGGGUGGGGGAUGGGACUGGGCACCAGCUGCCGAGGAACUACCAUCAGCAUGGAAAUAGACAUUACUGGGAUUCUGCUUCCCACCCUGGUGCCAGCUGCCCCUGCUCGCCUUGAAACUCCCUCUCCUGUUCAUUUGUCUCUCCAUUCACUGAUGCUUCUGCCCUUCCUCCCAGUUCAAGAGUCCGGAGCAGGAUGUUCCUGGUCGGUCUGUCAGGUGGAAUUGCUUCAGGAAAAAGCACAGUAGUGGCAGUAUUCCGGGAACUGGGCUGUGCAGUGAUUGAUGCUGAUGUUAUUGCCAGACAGGUUUAAGACAAGAUAUGUGUGAACUGGCUGUCUUGGGGAUUGGAAACAGGAUACAUUAUUCAUCCCAUCUUAAUGACGCACUGCGAAGAGAUUUCACUCUGGGUGUUUUACUUCUAGAACAUAGUGCAGUGAACACUGCUUUGUAGAGCAGUUGUCUGUAAAGGAGCAUAACAAAGUUCUCUUUGCAAGUCUGUGACUCUCACUUCCUCCAGCCACCACCAAAUUUACCAUGACACAACUCUUUAUCUGUCAGGGGCUGUUGGUGGAGCUUCAGUGACUAGUGAAUGUCGCCAGUACCCCCAGAAGAGCAUUUCAGCCUUCAUUCAUAUAUGUUGGUGGUUCAGCCCCGCUUCUUAGCCUAUCAGCAGAUAGUGCAUUACUUUGGAAGUGAAAUCCUCUUGGAGAAUGGGGAGAUAAACCGGGAGGCUCUGGGAAACAUUAUCUUCUCCCACCCGGAAAAACGGCAGCUGCUGAACUCCAUCACUCACCCUAAGAUCCAGAAAGAGAUGCUGAAACAGAUCUUUAAAUACUUUGUGUUAGGCUACCGCUAUGUGAUUCUGGACAUUCCUCUGCUCUUUGAGACCAACACGAUAACCAAGUUCAUGAAAUACACAGUGCUGGUUUACAGACGCUUCUCUGAGGCUGUGUCUCAUUCCCAUCCCGGUAGUGAUCCACAAACACAGCUGUCACGACUGAUGAAGAGGAAUGGCCUGGCCCAGGCAGAGGCAGAAGUGCGCAUCGCCUCCCAGCUGCCGCUUGAUGAGAAGUGCAAAUUAGCUGACCACGUGAUUGACAACUCCGGGGACUGGGACAGCACACGGAGGCAGGUCCUGAGACUGCACUCUCAGCUGGAGGACUCUCUGGAUUUCCUCUUGGUGCGCUUAGUGGCGGUCACAGCAGUUGCUGGAAUUGGUGGGCUGGUGUGCCUUCUCCUCAGGCAUUUUCUCUCUUAAUUCACUUUUUUUUUUUUUUUAAAGGGACCAAAACUGUACCUGAAAUUUCCAAGUUUGCAAAGGGCAGUGAAAUGUCAUGAGCCUUAAUGGCUUUGCCGUCUGAAUACAGACGACAAGAUGAGUAGAGUCUCCUUGUUAACUUCUCAAAGUGAAGCAUGGAUUCCUUGCCAAUGCACUGACUCGGCUUCUUUCUUUUAACUUUUUAGUCCUGUUAUUAAUGGUCAGCAACUGCUGCAGGAGAGGGUGAGGGGUAGCUGUAAUAGAUGGAGGUCCUAAGAGAUUUGGGUAUGAAGUAAUUACACAGUUAGGAUGGACAUAUUAAAAAUCAUGUUUUAGGCCAACUCAUUGGAGUGCUAGUCUACAGGGUGAAAGGAAUCUUUUUGUCAGUUUAAUCCCAGAUGGAAUAUGAUUACUUAAAGUGUCUCAUGGCAGUCUGGUCCAGGAGUGGGGAUCCGGACUCUGAGGUUCUCUUCCCCUGACUUCCCAGCAUCCUCAGCUCCCAAGAGCUGGCCCUAAAUGGUUCACUUUGAUUCUAGACAAGUCAUUUCUCUUCUGUUUCCUGGUUAUGAGAUUUAAUGAAUGUUUUCAGAGUACUUAAACCGCACCAAUACAGGGCAUUGUAAAAUUGCAAGAGUUACUAUAAAAUGUCUAUCUCAUGC